CACGCACGUUUCCUCGCUCCUCCGCCGCCAUGAAGAUCGCCAUCCUCCUCGCCCUCGCCGCCGUGGCCCUCGCAGAAAAGCUGCCCGGCGCCGCCCCUCCCGUCAUCGCCAUCCUCAGGAGCAGCCAAGUCAACCCCGACGAGCUCGGCGCCCACAGCUCCGACUUCGAGGCCGAGAACGGCAUCGUGUUCCAGUUCUCGGGCUCCGAGGGUGUCAACGGCGGAGCCAACAUGGUCGGAUCUUUCAGCUACCCUCAGGAGGACGGCUCUCUGGCCGAAGUCAAGUUCGUGGCCAACGAGAACGGCUACCAGCCCGAGUCCUCCCUCCUGCCCGUGGCCCCCGCCUUCCCCCACCCCAUCCCCCAGUUCGUCCUCGACCAGAUCGAGUUCGCCCGCCUCGAGGACGAGCGCAAGGCUCGCGAAGGAAAAAACUAAUGUCUUUGUGAUGUGCUGUUAUCCAAUUCUGUCCUGCCGUCCUCUAGCCAAAUGUAUUCAUAUUUAUAAAAGUAUAUUGCUUGUUGUAAAUAAAAGAACACGCCAU